UGAUCGUCUGUCAAACGUCAAAACCGUUGUUGACUCGCACAAAUUGAAAAUAGCAAUUCACGGCGGUUUUGAACAAGCGAUCUUCAAGAAAUUCAUUUUAACACUUCUCCAACGUUUAUCCGAAUUCCGAAAUGAGUUCAAUAGGAACAGGCUAUGAUCUUUCCGCAUCCCAAUUCUCGCCCGACGGGCGAGUUUUUCAAGUUGAAUAUGCAAUGAAAGCCGUGGAAAAUAGCGGGACUAUAAUUGGGCUUAAAGGAAAGGAUGGUAUUGUCUUGGCUGCUGAGAAAUUAAUACUUUCCAAACUACAUGAAUCUGGCACCAACCGAAGGAUUUUCAACAUUGACAGACACAUUGGAAUGGCUGUAUCUGGAUUGAUUGCUGAUGCCAGACAAAUUGUUGAAAUUGCCAGGAAAGAGGCAUCCAAUUAUAGGCUGAAAUAUGGUACUAGCAUACCAUUAAAGUACUUGAAUGACAGGGUCAGCAUGUACAUUCAUGCCUACACACUUUACAGUGCUAUUCGUCCCUAUGGAUGCAGUGUAAUAUUAGCCAGUUAUGAAAAUGAUGAACCUGAAAUGUAUACUAUUGAUCCUUCAGGCGUUACAUAUGGGUACCAUGGAUGUGCAACAGGAAAAGCCAAACAAUCAGCAAAAACUGAAAUUGAAAAACUGAAGUUGGGUGCUUUAAGUUGUAGAGAUUUGGUCAAAGAAGCUGCAAAAAUUAUCUAUACUGUUCAUGAUGAACUAAAAGACAAAAAUUUUGAAUUGGAAUUAUCCUGGGUAUGUAAAGAGAGCAAUGGCAGACAUGAAAAAGUGCCAGAAUCAAUCUUCACUGAUGCUGAAAAGGCUGCAAAACAAGCUAUGGAAGCUGACUCAGAGUCGGACACAGAAGAUAUGUAAUUUUAUUCUAUUUCUAUUUUUAUAGGCGUAAUUUUCAUUAAAAUUGUUCCAACUA